GCCCUCAGGUAGCAGAGAGCGCGCCGCGGCCGCGUCUGUUAGGUGUGACCUUCUCCCGCCCGGCCUGUCCCCCGGCCCGCGCCCCCGUCACGGCCAUGGCGGCCUCGCUUCUGCUGCGGCAAGGACUAGCCGGGGGGCUGAAGACUGUGCUCCUAGAAGCAGGAGUGUUUCGAGGACUUGCUUCUACAGUUCCUCUCUCUGCAGAAUCAGGAAAGAAUGAAAAGGGAUUGCCACCGCAUCCCAAGAAGCAAAGUCCACCAAAAAAUGUAGUGGAACCAAAGGAGAGGGGCCAGCAGCUAGCCACCCCAACAGCAGAUGAACUGUCUGAAAACGUACCUUCACCCACUUCUUCCCCACCAGCUGUGAACCGAGGCAGGGUGCUAGCUGGCCCUAAGCAUGAUGCCAGCAUGUCGCUCACAGACCAAGGGGUUCUGAGGUUUGUGCCAAGAAAGACUUUGGUAGAGUUUCCUCAGAAAGUUGCACCUCCAUUCAGAAAACAGGGUUCUGAUUCAGAAGGAACCCAGCAGAGCAGGAAAGGGACAGAUGAUUCAUCUUCGUCUUCAUCUUCGUCCAGCUCUGAUUCGGAGUCUGACGAGGAGGGUGACAGCUCAGAAGCGGGUCCUCAGGCAAAAAGCAAACGCAGAAGAGGGUUUCCCGCAGCAGAGGCCUCCCAUUCCUCUGCAGAUGGGGCCCCCCCAGUGGAAAUAUCUGCACAAGAGAAGACUGUAUCACAGCGGCCGCAUCCGGACCUCGUCUCUGCACAGAGGCCCCGCCAGGCAAAGAAGAAAGGGGCCUCCGGUCAACCAUCACAGGACAGAAAAGACCCCAAACCAAAAGCCACAGCACCCAAGUCACACGCAGGUGAAAAGUUUAUGGAGCAAGAUGUAAAGGAAAAACAAUGGCAGAAAGUAUCUACAUCAAAUGAAAUAGAUAAAGAAAGCCGGAAGCAACUUGAAGUUAAAAAACCCUUAUCUGACCGGAAAUCAGGAUUAUCCACGCAACCGCGACAAAAGGGCAGCCCAGCGCCCACUCAGUCUGCAGAAACCAGAGCCGGAAGACGGCUGCCAGUGACUCCUGAGACCAGAGAAAGGCUUUUGGAAAAACAAGUACCAGAACCUGAUGGGGAGGUGGCUCUUUCCCUGUUCAAAAAAGAAAAUCUGGGAAAGCAAGUAGCAGAAGGGAUCUCGAAGGCUAAGGAAGAGAUUUUGGAAGAUCAGUUACCAGUGAAAAAUGUGAAGCCAGUCCCUGUUCACAGUAAAGACGUUUUUGAUGGAAAGACAGCAGUACUAAAGCUUGAGGAGAAGGGCGGAAUCAUCGAAGGCUCCGCAACUCCGGUGGAAGGCCAGGACGGCACACAGGAGUCCCCUCCGGCCGCCACCCUCGCUGAGCCAUUUGACAACACCACCUACAAGAAUCUCCAGCAUCAUGACUAUAACAUGUACACCUUCUUGGACCUAGACCUGGAGCUCUCGAAGUUCAGGAUGCCUCAGCCCUCUUCAGGACGAGAGUCACCUCGCCACUGAGAGCUCAGUUUAAAGAUUCACAUUUCGGUGUCUCCGCAUUCUUGCGUUCGAAAAUAAAAUCCGCUCAGUGGUCA